AACACAUUCCUUCCUCAACAUAUUCACAUUCCGCGUACCGAUUCCCUGCUCGCCUUUCCUCAGUCGACCCCAGCUUUUAAGCUGUCUCUGCAUCCAACACUUUCCCGACCAAAAACUGUUCUGAACUUGGGCGAGGCUUUUAAACUUUAAAAUAAUGGCGGAUCAGUUCAGCCCGCUGCAGUCCAUCUGCUACGAACGCGGUUUACUUCGCCUUCUCGAUCAGAGAAAACUUCCUCUGGAAACGGUUUAUUUGGACAUCCUGAAUGCCGCUGAUGGAUGGAAUGCGAUCAGAGACAUGGUAGUUCGUGGUGCUCCUGCAAUUGCAAUAUCAGCAGCUUUAUCUCUAGCUGUUGAAAUUUUUAAUCUUGACUUCAGUGGGACUUCGUUGGAAGCGGCAUCUUUCCUUGUCAAGAAAUUAGAUUACCUUGUUUCCAGCCGGCCGACUGCUGUAAAUCUCUCUGAUGCAGCUACAAAACUUCAAAAUCUUGUGUUAAAAACUGUUGAGACUACUGAUGAGGCUAAAUUAGUUUUUCAGACAUAUAUUACGGCCGCAGAACGUAUGCUCAUUGAUGAUGUCAAUACUAACAAAGCCAUCGGUUUUCAUGGAGCGAAUGAUAUACAAUCAAAUCUGAAAGGUUCCAAAACAGUAUCUAUUUUAACACAUUGCAACACGGGCAGCCUCGCCACUGCCGGGUAUGGAACAGCACUUGGGGUAAUCCGCGCUCUUCAUGCUAAUGGAUUUUUAGAGACUGCAUUCUGCACUGAGACACGUCCUUUUAACCAGGGAUCUAGGCUAACAGCAUUUGAACUAGUUCAUGAUAAGAUCCACGCAACAUUGAUAGCAGAUUCUGCGGCUGCUUCAUUGAUGAAAGUAAGGACAAUCGGCGCUGUCGUAGUUGGGGCUGAUCGCAUUGCUGCAAACGGUGAUACUGCAAACAAGAUUGGAACGUACAAUUUGGCUAUUUGCGCAUUACACCAUGCGGUUCCUUUUUAUGUUGCAGCUCCAGUAACUUCCAUAGAUCUCUCGCUUCGAUCUGGAGACCAAAUUGUUAUAGAGGAGAGAUCGCCGAAGGAGUUGCUGUGUUCCGAUGGAGGACUUGGGAAGCAAGUGGCGGCCUCAGGGAUCGGUGUUUGGAAUCCUGCAUUCGAUGUUACCCCGGCUUACUUGAUUACUGCUAUAAUAACUGAAAAGGGCGUUAUCAGAAAGGCUUUGGCUGAUGAUUUUGAUAUCAAAGGUUUUUUGCAAAACGCAGCAAGUGGGAAUGAAGGGUAGAGCUCCACUAUUAUGUAGCUUUUUAUUGUGUCUGCUUCUUAGGUUUUGUGCAACUCUCAGCAUAAAUGAAGUUAAGUAUGAUGAUAUUAUGGCUUGCAUGAUGUUUUCCAUAUUUAUGCUGUAAUGCUUUACCAGGUGUCUCCUUGUGAAGUUUGUAUUGUAAACCAAUUUUAUUGCAGUAAAAUUCAAAUAUUUAGUACAAAGUGCUUAUUGAAGUAAUGAACAAAUAAGACCCUGCAAAAGUUAAUUGAU